CAACAGAGGCUCGACCUUCGACUCUGAAACAUCCCCACCGCUACUACACACCUCUCUCUCUUGAUUCCUCCCGGCAGAGAAUCCGCGCCGGCGGAUAAUGAGAUAGUAAAUUCGAUCUGUCUGCUUACUUCCAGUCGCGCCACGUUCCCCUGACGCUUCGCCGCACUCGACACCGACCGACUCACCCCGCGGUCUUUCGCAGCAGACAGUUUCAGCUCAACGUCGACGUGCCAUUACACUUGCGGAGGCGCGACCUGGUCGCUGCUGAAGCUCGCGCAUCGCAGACAUGGCAAUCAGUCGGAUAAGGGGCGCCUUUACGGUGCCCAGAAAGGGAGAGACGUUCGAACUGAGAUCUGGCCUAGUAUCCCAGUAUGCAUACGAACGGAAAGAGGCCAUCCAGAAGACCAUCAUGGCCAUGACUCUGGGCAAGGAUGUGUCUGCCUUGUUCCCUGACGUUCUAAAGAACAUUGCGACGAACGAUCUCGAUCAGAAAAAGCUCGUGUAUCUGUAUUUGAUGAAUUACGCCAAAUCCCACCCUGAUCUUUGCAUUCUCGCUGUGAACACUUUCGUACAAGAUUCGGAAGACCCAAAUCCUCUCAUUCGAGCGCUUGCUAUACGAACGAUGGGCUGUAUCCGGGUAGAUAAGAUGGUGGAUUACAUGGAAGAACCGCUGAGGAAGACGUUACGUGACGAGUCACCGUACGUCCGAAAGACGGCCGCGAUCUGCGUCGCUAAACUGUUCGACCUCAACCCUGCUAUGUGUCUUGAAAAUGGUUUCUUGGAGAUGUUGCAAGAAAUGAUCGGAGACCCCAACCCGAUGGUCGUGGCCAACUCGGUGACUGCUCUUGCUGAGAUCAAUGACACUGCUCCAGAAACCAAGGCGCUGCAGAUCACUCCGAAUACGUUACGGAAGAUGCUGAUGGCUCUGAACGAAUGUACGGAAUGGGGAAGAGUUACGAUACUGACGUCGCUUGCCGACUAUAGAACGGCGGAUGUGAAGGAGUCCGAACACAUCUGCGAGCGAGUAGCUCCCCAGUUUCAACAUGUGAACGCAAGUGUUGUCCUGGCAGCUGUCAAGGUAGUCUUCAUGCAUAUGAAGAACAUCAAUUCCGAGCUAGCCAAGUCAUACUUUAAGAAGAUGGCCCCUCCACUAGUCACCCUUGUCUCUUCCGCUCCGGAAGUCCAGUAUGUUGCGUUGAGAAACAUCGAUCUACUCCUUCAGAAGCAGCCCGAUAUCCUGAACAAGGAACUGCGCGUCUUUUUCUGCAAAUAUAAUGACCCUCCCUAUGUCAAAUUCCAGAAGCUCGAAAUCAUGGUCCGGAUAGCCAACGAGAAGAAUGUGGAUCAGCUGCUGGCAGAAUUGAAGGAAUAUGCGCUGGAAGUGGAUAUGGACUUUGUCCGUCGGGCAGUCAAAGCUAUCGGCCAAACCGCGAUCAAGAUCGAGACUGCCGCCGAAAAAUGUGUGAACACACUGCUGGACCUCAUUAAUACCAAGGUGAACUACGUGGUACAGGAAGCUAUUGUCGUUAUCAAAGAUAUCUUCCGAAAAUACCCCGGUUACGAGGGCAUUAUUCCUACUCUAUGCAAGUGCAUCGAUGAGCUGGAUGAGCCCAAUGCCCGGGGCUCUCUCAUUUGGAUCGUUGGAGAAUAUGCGGAGAAGAUUAGCAAUGCCGGCGAUAUCCUAGCAGGAUUCGUGGACGGUUUCAACGAAGAGUUCACUCAGACGCAGCUACAGAUCCUAACUGCAGUUGUGAAGCUCUUCCUGAAGCGGCCUGACAAGGCGCAGGGUCUGGUCCAGAAGGUGCUCCAGGCCGCUACUGCGGAGAACGACAACCCGGACAUUCGUGAUCGAGCCUAUGUCUACUGGCGUCUACUUUCUAACACCAGCGAUCCCAAUGCCGCAAAGAACGUUGUCCUUUCCGAGAAGCCUCCAAUCGUCACUACAAUCCAGUCUCUACCUCCUACUUUGCUCGAUCAGCUGCUUAAUGAACUUUCGACUCUUGCAUCCGUCUAUCACAAGCCCCCAGAGCAGUUCAUUGGCCAAGGUCGGUUUGGUGCCGACGCCGUUAUGCGGGCUGCCAUCGAGGAACAACUCCAGAACGCCCGCGAGAACCCUCUGGCAGCAGCUGCCGCUGCCGCUGCCGUCAGUGGUACGGCUGCCCCCCAGGCACAGAACAAUGUCGAGAACCUGUUGGAUAUCGACUUCGACGGCACCGCACCGGCUUCUGCACAGAAAGAGCCCACGGCCGGCAUGUCCGGUCUGGAAGGUCUUGCUGGCACGCCUGUGCGCGUCGAGUCGCCUGCCAUCGGUGCACCUUCGUCAAGCAACAACCUCGACGACCUGCUGGGCGUAUUUGGCAGCGGUGGAGAUACUGCACCCGCCGCGAACACCGGCUUUGGCGGCGCCAACGGCGGUGCGAGCAUGGACCUGAUGAACGGAUUCGCAGGCUUGGACCUCUCAGGAACCUCAAACCCGACAUCCCCGCCUCCCACAUCGGGUACCCAGCCCAAGAAGACCAACGAGGAUAUCAUGUCCCUAUUCUAAGCCUGUUAUUCAAACCACCUGAGGGAAAGAUAAUAAAUUUGGCACGCGAGGUUGUAGAAGUCGUCAGCUGGAGAGAGCGGGAGAGGGAGAGGGAGAGAUAUGCAGAGCAAGAGCAGAGCACGAAGAAAGUUGCGGGCGUCAACUUUCUUCAACCUUAGCUGCUCCAGUUAAAUCAUUAACUCUUAUUUCAGACAUCAAAGUCGAUCCUGUGCAUAUUGAUAUAAACAUCUUUGAGUUCAAGUCCUUUUUGAGUGUGUGUUGUUAAUUGGAAGAAGAGAGCUAAAUUAUUAGAUGGUUUUCUUUUUUCCCUUUUUUUUUAAAAAAAAAACAGUAGAAUGCAGGAUAUAAUGAUACAAUCGAUAUUA